AUGAAGCUCACGCAAAAGGAUCUCUACACGCUGGCCGACUCAAAUUGGCUGAACGACGAAGUGAUAAACUUUUAUAUGAACCUGCUCGCCAGAGGAACAUCUUCCGACGCGUAUCUGAAAGUGCACGCGAUGAACACGUUUUUUUACCCAAAACUUCUGUCGGGCGGUCACUCGUCGCUAAAGCGAUGGACUAGGAAGGUGGACAUAUUUGCGCAGGAUCUUGUGGUUGUGCCUGUACAUUUGGACGUUCACUGGUGUAUUGCAAUAAUAGAUUUUUGCGAUAAGACAAUUGUCUAUUACGACAAAGCGUCGGAAUUCCUCGUCGAGAGACGGGGUAUUAGAACAGUGCUGAGCCGUGACUGUUCGAGGACGAGCUUGUGGGUCAGCCGCGGGGCCGGACUGCACCCAACCGAGAACGGUAUUCUGCGCGAGGGGUUGACCGCGGGAGUCCUUUCGAAUGCCGUCGAGCAGCAAAUCGCCGUACAGGUCGGCACCGAUGAGUAUGUCAAUGGGGUCCGAAGUCUUGACAAAAAGAAACAACUUUAUGAUAUGAGUGAUUGGGAAUUUUAUUCCGCCAAGAACAUUCCGCAACACACAAACGGUAGCGAUUGUGGUGUAUUCUCUUGCAUGUUCGCCGAGUACAUCUGUGCAAACAGGGAGAUAACGUUUACGCAGGAUGACAUGCCGUACUUUAGAGACAAAAUAAUAGCUUGCCUAUGA